UUGGUGAAAGAGCAAACCAAAAAGGAAAUGCGGCACAAAGCACGGCAGGUUUUGCUGCUGGAAGUGGUGGAAAUGCCAGCUAUGCAAAGCUUAGUUUCAGGAGUGGGUCUUCCCCCGUAAUGUGGCCAAAAUAACGGUGUAGAUGCUAGAUUAUUUAUCAAUAAUAAUAAGGCUGGCAGCGUUUAAAGCUGUCUUUUAAUGGUGGCUUCUCGGUGGAGACUGGUGAUGAAGUUUAGUGCUGUGCAAAGUCCUGUGACUGAGUCUCAAAAAGUACCAAUGUUUACUCUGAAAAGUGGUAGAAAAGAAUGCCUCAAGUCCUGGGCAAUAGCACUUUACAAGAAGAGGCUGCUGUAUAUUAUGCAUCAGAAUCAAUUGUCUCCAUUGCUAUCUUCACCAUCGUUUUCAUCAUAGGUAUUCCAGGCAAUGGGUUGGUGAUCUGGGUAGCUGGUCUGAAAAUGAACAGGUCUGUGAACACUGUCUGGUUCCUAAACCUUGCUGUGGCUGACAUCAUGUGCUGCUUGUCCUUGCCCUUUUCUAUUGUUCACCUGGCCCUCCAUGAACACUGGCCCUAUGGCUGGUUCCUCUGCAAAGUCAUUCCAUCAGUCAUAAUCUUCACCAUGUUUGCCAGCGUCUUCCUACUUGUGGCCAUCAGCAUUGAUCGAUGUCUCUUGGUGAUAAAACCUGUCUGGUGUCAGAACCACCGAACAGUGAAAUUUGUAUCACUAAUAUGCAGUGGCAUUUGGAUGCUGGCCUUCAUUUUCUGCUGCCCUGUCUUCUACUACCGUGAGACAAGCACUUAUGAUGGUAAAACGGAGUGCGUGUACAAUUUCAGAGUUGAUGAUUACAUAGAUGAUCCUGAAAAUGCAUCUGUAAAUGUGUCCAUAAAUGAGUUAUGGGAGGAGUACUCAAUCUACAAUGUUAGUGACUUGUGGGGAGGUACUGAAGGUAAUGACUCCAUACCCUUUGCCUCAGUGGUAAUAAACAUCACUAGGACUGUCUUUGGCUUUGUGCUGCCCUUUGGCAUAAUGGCAGUUUGCUAUGCCCUCAUUGUUUUCAGAACACAUGCAAAUCAGUUUCACAAACCACACAACAGGACACUGCGAACAAUUGUGCGUGUGGUAGCUGCAUUCUUCAUCUGCUGGGCUCCAUACCACGUAGUUGGGAUUCUCCAUGUUGUACCUAGUCUUGGAACAGGACAGAAGGAGUCACUGAUCCUGUGGGAUCACCUCUCUACAGCACUUGCGUAUGCCAACAGCUGCAUCAACCCCCCGCUUUAUGUUUUUGUGGGACAGAACUUCAGGGCAAAGGUACGGCAGUCGGUGCAAAGAAUCUUGGAAGGUGCCUUUAGUGAGGAACUCGCAUCUUCAACCCUUCACAGAAGCCAGACUUCAGCAGAGAAGAACCUUAGCAGCACCUUGUAAUGCAGGAGUUCCUAUCACCACUGUAGAAA